CAACAAUCAGCAUAUGUGCCGAGGAGCAGCCGUUGGUCAGAGCAGGAGGAAACACCCAGGAUAACGCGAGGACCAGGCAACCAUCCCACAGAGCCUCCAGUGGGUGGCGGAUUGCAGGCGGAGCUAGUGGGUGGUGGUGCUCUUAUCGGCCUGCGAAUUUUCCCAUGCCCGCUGCGAUAAGAACCAGGCGGAUCUGCCCGUCCAGUUCGUUACCAUGGGAUGCAUCACUAGCAGCAGCAAGCUGAACGAGCUGCGUGGUCACGAGAAUGUGUUCCGUGUGCGAGUGGCCCACCUGCAGCCCACGCCGGGCACUCCGAUCAUCCGGAGCGGCUAUCUGGAGCUGACGCCCCGGGAGCUGAUCUUCCAGACGCCCGGCUGCGAGCCCAUCGUCUGGGCAUUGCAGCAUCUCCGUCGCUACGGGCUCAACGCCGAUCUCUUCUCCUUCGAGGCGGGACGCAGAUGCAUGUCCGGUCCGGGAAUCUACACCUUCCGAGUGCACAACGCCGAGCAGCUCUAUCCGAUGUUCCAGCGCUACAUCAACGCGGUCAACACGGAUGCCUUUGUGCAGGGCGAACGGGAGCGGGUCAACUCCGCGCACUCCGUGUCCGCCAACAUGGGCAGAACGGAGGGCAAUAACUACCUGGAGCCGGCUCCCCUAAUGAACCGCCAGCUGGGCAACUUCCACAGUGAUCACUCUACCGCCAGUGCAUCCUAUCCACUGCAGCCGAACGACUCGCAAGUUGAGGAUUCUCCACCCAAUUUGCAGUCCCCAGUUUUGAUGCCCAGUGCUCUGCAGGAUUGCUGCCUGGAAGGAGGAAAUGUCACGGAUCUGCUAGCCACACCGCCCUCCGGCAAUAGGUUGAGUAUGCGGAGGGGCACCUUGGAUCUACCCCCGCUGGAAUCUGCUCCGCCACCAGCUCCUCUUUUGAGUCCCAACGAUGCAGUGCAUAUGUACGCCAAUGUGGAGGCCCUGAUCUUUGACCUGAGCAACGAACGUUGCUACGAGAAUGUGAAUCGCUUGGAGCUGCCGCUGCUGCCAAGGGAACCGAUUGCCACUCAAGAGCCAGCCACGCCCACUAGUUUGGCCGGGAGCAGCGGAGUAAACUAUAUAGUGCUGGAUCUGGAUCAGCCGCGAAGUCCCAGUGGUCCGGCGAGUUCUCCGAAAGCCAUCAAUGGAUUUGGCAGCGGCCUGUCGCUGGUCAACCACCCAACAACUCCAGCACCAGUGACUGCUCCAGUUACUCCCGAGGCGGGCACAACGUUGGACGUUCCUCCACCACCCGUUCAAACGCAAAGCCUGAACAGCGUGGCCGCCGAAGUGGUAGAAACCCCAUCCAACAAGGCAAAGGAAUGCUCCGGGACGCAAGGCUACUCCACCAUCGACUUUAUUCGCACCUAUGCGCUGAACAAGUCCUCGAGCGAAGUGCCGGAACCGGUGACACAUCGCCAGCAUCCGGCGCACGAUGCCGAGGAACUGAGAAUCACCAGGCACAGCAAAUGCAUUCGGAAAGCCUACUCGAUAAGUGAGUGAGAUGAGUCCAUGUGCGCAACGAAUUUACAGAAAGCGAGAAGGUAGCAAAAAAGCCAAGUUGAAGAGCCAGAAAUGAAGAUCUUAGCAGAAAUGUUAAUCCUUAAAAUGCGGAAUUACAGGGUUACAUAGCAAAGGAAUGAAGUCAAGGAACACAUCAUCUAGC